CGUCUCCCUCUGGCUUCGUCUUUCGAGUCUUUCGAUUUUGAAGGUACGGAUAGGUUAGUAUGAAAACGUUUUCUAGAGAUUUGAUAAGUAGUUUGCCAGAUGAGCUUCUUGCCAAAAUCCUGUCUCUGGUUCCGACAAAAGAGGCUGCUUCUACAUCGAUCAUGUCCAAGAGGUGGAAGAAUCUGCUGUGUCUUGUAGACAGCCUUUGUUUUGAUGAUUCGAUGGUUAUGUAUCCCACCAAGGAAGGAGUCGCAACAUGUGGUGCAGCACAUCGCUUCUUAGAUUUCGUGGACAAGACUUUUACUCUGUUAAACAAUUCUCCUAUCAUCAAAAAAUUAUCUCUGUCUCGCCGACAUGUAUAUGGCAGUCGCUGUCAGGCAGCGUGUAAGCAUGAUCAUGUGAAACUUUGUUUGGACCGUUGCAUUUGGACUGCUAUGGAGCGGGGUUUAUUGGAACUACACUUGCACGCUGACACUUGUUGUGGUAUUCAUAUAAUGCAAGAGUUGUUUACGUGCAAGACAUUGGUUAAGCUCACACUAUCCGGUAACCAUCUUAUUCAAGUCCUUGAGCGUGUUUUUCUUCCAGCGCUCAAAUCACUUUCUAUGUUAUCAUUUCCAGCCAUUGAUCAUCCGGACUAUUGUCGGCUCAUAGAUGGCUGCCCUGUGCUGGAAGACUUGUUCAUAAGUGAUGCUGAUCCUUUGAAACCGUCAUAUUGUGGUGAGCACGUGGAAAGUGAAACUAUCAAGCGGCUUGUGGUUUUUGUCAAUCUUCCAAAAGCUUAUCACCCCGAAGGAACUUAUUUGAGAGCACCCAAUCUUGUGCAACUGGACUAUUCUUGUUAUGUAUCCGAGAGUCAUUGGUUUGAAGAUUUGGAUUCGCUUGUCCAAGUCAGGCUGGAUCUCAGGUUAUGGGAGUCAACUUAUGAUUAUGAUUACGAUGAUGAGGAUGAUAAUGAGGCUGCUGCUGCUGAUGAUGAUGAUGAUGAUUCCUUUCAUGAUAAACAUAAGGUAGCUAUAAUUGGUGAUGUUUCACACCUAGUUGCGGGUAUACGCAAUAUUACAACCCUUCACUUGUCUCCUGAUUCUCUUGAGGCUUUUCAUUUCUGCUGUGAAUCCAUGCCAAUGUUCAACAACCUCCUUAAUUUAUCGAUCGAGAGUGACAAGGAAAAAGGUUGGCAAGUAAUGCCACUUCUGCUCAAUAGUUGUCCAAAUCUACACACUUUAGUCAUCAAGGGUCUUGUGCACAGAAUAACAAAUAGAUGCGGAGAUGCAUGUGCUUGCAUCCCUAAGAAGCAGAGGAAGAUUUUGGAGGAGGAGAAGACAAUAAGUUGUUUAUGGACAUGUCAAGUGAAGGUGCUAGAGAUUUCAGAGUAUGGAGGUUCUUUUGAAGAGCUGAACCAGAUGAUGCAUUUCUUAGGUAAGUUGAAAUGUCUAGAAACUGUUAAAGUUGGUGUUAACUCGGACAAAGACGACCAGAUUGAGUUCUUGCGAGCUAAUCUACUGACUCUCCCCAAAGCUUCAUCAAAGUGUGACAUCCAAUUCAGCUGAGAGCUUUUUCUUUCUCGGCUAUAUAUGCCAAUAUUUAGAUGCAACUUAAAUCGUGUAUGGUUAUUAUCAUUUAAAUAUCAUUGAAGUUGGUUACAAUUUGUUUCAUUUCAGAAGAUAUGUGCGUGACUUGUCCUAAUGCUAGUCACACUCUAGGAACCAUGAACAACAAUCACAUAUAAAAUGGUAAUCAUUCUUUAGAUUGGCUAACCUUGUUAAAGUAAACAAAGACUCUUUAACACUAGUUUUGGUUAAUGGUAACAGUAAAUCCAAAGCACCAAUUUUCAAUUUUCAGUAAAUAUCUUUCCAGAUAGGGACAAAACCAAUAUUUGAACGUCAGCUAGUCUAAGUUUUGCUUCUUCUUUUUUUUUUUUAAUUCCACAAAUAUCAUAAUUUCUGCAGAGAAUCUGCAAAGCUUACCAUCUAUAGCUUCUUCCUUAUAAUAUUCUAACUUUUAGCUUGCAGUUGAGUCCGCAUUCCCUCAUACUUAUUUGCGUGUCUUUGUUCCUCUUGUGAUCUAAAUGGUGCGAAGAAUGUUCUUUCCUACUUCUCUACCCUGGAUUAAUGAAUUCUACUCGCUAUGUGGACUAGAGAUGAUUAAUCUGUUUUCAUGAUUGAAUGUUUUUCUUCAUCCAGUUUGAAUCUCUGUCUCUUUAUCCUAUAACAACAAACGAAAUGGCUAAUGCACUACGCUACAGCUACCUAAGAGGUCCAGGAGGUCGGUUGCAGCAUAAACUGCUCGGAUUUCUUGUUGAAAGGUUAUAAUGAAGAUAUUAAGUGUCAUGAAGAAGACACAACACCGAGACAAGAGGGGAUUAGCAUAUGAUGCAGAUGCAGAUGCAGCGGAGCUCUAACCUUAAAAAAUGGAAAUGGUCACGUUGCUAUCGAUGUUAACCCAAUACAUAAUUCGCAGUCAGGACAUGUUCAUUCUUCCAAGUACAGCCAUAGCCUUAGCAGUAAGCCAAAGAGUGAUAGUGUUCCUCUGUCUCUCUUUAUGUCAGCGCUUAGGAGCUUCUCAAGCAGUGUAGGUUUCCUCGUCGUCACGGAAGAUUCUUGAGAUGAAUCUUUGUCUUGGAACUUCCAUUUUUUUUAUUGAACUUGUCUUUUCCACCAUACUUUCUCUUAUUAUCCUUGUUUUGGAACUGUCCAUUGUUGUCUCCAUUAACUUGUUCAAUGGCAUUGGACAAAUAAUUUGGAGGAACUUCUGCUACUUCAACACCUAAUUAUGUUUUAUGUAUUUUAUGACUUUAAUUAAUGAGACUGACAUUAGAAGCUGUUAUAUAAGUCCAUAAUUAAAUGAUUACACAGAGUCACAGACGAUUCACAUUAACACUUCUAUCGUAUAUAUAGGUAUCGACAAUGCGAAAGUACGUAUAACUCUUUUUUUUUUUUUUGAAACACAAGUACGUAUAAUUCUGUCAAGCAAAAUAUUCGAUCAAGGUCAAUACUACGUCGCUUUUAGCCAAAGUCAAAUAAUGACUUGGCUCUGAGCACAUCAUUCAUUGUGUUGCAUCGUAUGGGAACACUCCCUUGGGGCACCUCGUGCCGUUCACGUGCCACAUUUGCCAUGCACUUUCCAAUACAUUGGCUGCUUCUUUAACAUCAUCGGUUCUCUCCUUUCCCAUCAUCUGCGGCAUUCUCGUCGGUGCUCUCUGCAUUAUUUAUCAUAAUGAAGUUCUCAUUAAAAAGAUAGCUUUACUACACUGAUAAACCAUAUUACAAAAAGCAAUAUACUUAUAUAACUUAUCACAUCAAAUUCAUUAACAUCAUUUUAAAUCGGAUUUCACCUAAAAAAGAAAGGUGUUAAAUUAUUCCAUAUAAUCUCAUGUUUUUUUUUGACUAAACAUAUAAUCUUAUGUUAAAAUUAAUAUAAAUUUGGUAAUUGUUAGAAUUCAGGAAUAUAUAUAUGUUUGAGCUUGCUACCGUAUUUAGCAUUUUAAAUUAAAAAUACAAAUGAAUAAAUGUUUGUUUAAUACUACACAUAUCACCUCGGCUACUACCUUCACUACAGCUCUGAAAGAGUCAAAAAGGACUACUACCCUACCACCGACAGGACUGGCUGAGGGACCCCUGUUUCCCUGGAUUUGUUGGACAAUUUGGACUACUAGGAAUCAGCUAAUCUUUGAAAACAGAGUCUUCUCACCAUUGGAAACACUUACCAAAGCAAUAUGCUUGGCGCGCGAAUGGCAGGAGGCUCAGGUUCAUGGAAAGGUGCAGGACUCAACUACCCCGGCGCCGAACCGGAGAAUCAACGCAACCAACACCUUUGCUGGAGUCUCGGUGUAUACUGAUGCAUCAUGGAAAGAAGGAUCAAACAAUGCGGGGCUCGGCUGGAUCUUUACGGACCACCUAGGAAGCAUCAUUAUAAAAGAAAGCAAACUGGAGGAGUUCCUAUCGUCCCCUCUCAUGGCGGAGAGCCUAGCAAUACGAGAAGCGUUGCUUCAAGCCCGCCGGCAGGGCUACUCCACUUUGACAGUGUUCUUGGACGCUCAGACGUUAGUCAGAGCCAUCAACGACGGAAAACCUCUGAAAGAGCUGUUUGGAAUCAUCCAUGAUAUCCUACAACUGUCUCUUGAGUUCUCUGUUAUUUCCUUUGUUUACAUUUCUCGCUUGAACAAUACAGCUGCAGAUGCCCUUGCUAAAGGUGCUCUAAUAGCUUCUUCAUCUACUCAGCUUCCAGUGUAAUUCAUUUGCUUUUAAUUUAAUGAAGUAGUCGUUCAAAAAAAAAAUACUACACAUAAGUUUGGAGAGCUACAGAUGCCUAUAUACAAAUAUUUAAUUGAACAAAGAAAGUUUUUUUUUUUAAAGGAACAAAGAAAGGCUGAAUGGUGGUCAGAAUUACCUGAAUCUUGUGAUGCUUUAAGAGUGGAUGAUCCAAAGCUGGCUGCUUUCUUUUUGGUACACAAUCUAUUACAUCACCAUCUGGACUCUGUGAAUUAUUAUUUUAUAACAACAAAAGGGUAAAAUAUUUCACGUAUAAAUUAUACAAACCAACAAAUGCAUUUGAGUGUGUUAAAACUUAAAAAUACAUAUACAUUUCAAACCAGGAUGGUGAAGACAGGAGUCUUGUUGAUCUUGUUUAAGUGCGUUUGGAUCCUCUCAGCUCUCAAGCUACUGACUUGUCUAUGCGGUUUGGUAUAGUUAACAGCUGAGACUUGUGUACUCUUCUGACUUCGAAAGAGAACCAGAGAAACAAGGAAGAUUAGAAAUAGACUUCUCUUGUUGGAUGCACGAACAAUAACCUCCAUUGAUCGACCUUUAAAUUUAUUUUCUUGUAUUUAUCACAUUCAGUGUCCAAUGAACGAGAAAAUAUACAGAAAUAUGAAAUUGAAAGGAGGACAGAGUUUUAUAGGGUUAAGAUGAGAAGACGACCAUUUCAAGAAAAAUAAAAAGAGAUACUAUAAAAAUUACAAUAGCGAGUCCAAAAUAUAUAAACGUAAACUAUGUAUAUAAAUGUGUGUGUGUUAUAAAUGAGGAAGAAGAGAAAUGGGUGAAGCAAUAUUAUGAAGUGUAGAUAUGGAAAUGGAAGAGACGAAGCGGAAGCAAUGAGGUUUUCGAGAAGAAGAUCAAAUCAAGAUUCAUCAUUGCUCUGCAUCGGUUUCGUUUAUAUAUAUUGACAGAUUUACCUGUAUAUUCUUUCUUAUAACAA